AUGUACGUAACAAGGCCUCUGUCAAGGUACCUGGCCGACCCCAAGGCCACGGCAGAGCCGCCGCCUGAAGGACCGGGCUCAGGGUUCCUCGUCGUGCUCGACGAGGCUACCGAGCAAGCGAGUACGCUCUGCUGUGGCCUGUGCCUAGAUCCCAGGGUGCGCCGUCUCCCAUUCCCGCAGAACCGGCAGCUCUCCGUGAAGCAGGGCAACAGCUCUGAUCCAUUGGAGGGUUUCGGGAAAUGUAUCGAUGUUAUCUCGGAGAUUCUAGGUAUCGCAUUACAAGUUUUACGACCAGAUGACCCCUCCGGCGGCGGCAGGCCUCCGGGCGCCGGCAGGUACAUGGCGCCACCAGACUAUGUCAUGUUCGUGCCCGUCAUCGGCCAGCCGCUGUCGUCCGGCCGCUACUAUGUCGUCAAGGUCGACGGCAAGCACACCGGGAAGGUGUCGACGUGCUCUAAGGAGGAGGACCGGACGGAGUGCUGCUUCCGCUCAUUCCCCACCGACGUGAAGCCCAGGGCCUUUGACCACGGCGACCUCUACCAGCAGAUGCAGGUGCAGCAGCAUCGCGAAGGCUUCAAGGCAGAGGCGGUCGCCGAGGACGGUAUCCCGCCAGACUACCUUUUGAAGAAGGGCUGGACGGUGGUCGCCAUGGCGAAACCGAAGUACCACGACCUCGACGAUGACGCGCGAGGGGUGGACUCUGCUCUCCGAGACCGGAUGCCAGACCUCGGGAGCCUCGGCGUCCCUCCUGCCGCCGUCGUCGUCGGCAGAUGGUAUGUCCCGUUCCUGUUCGUGAAGGCCGACGGGGAGCGCCGCCUCAAGGACCAGGUCCGAAAGAGCACGUUCUACAAGAUGACGAUGGAGCAGAGCUGGGAGCAGAUAUACAGCCGGGAGAACGCCACACAUCUUCAAGGGACUGGGAGCAGCAGUACCAGGCUGGAGAUCGCAGUGACUGCGACUGUGCGGCGCUUCACGGCGCUGCUGGGCGGCACCAGCCCGGUACAAGCAGGCGCGCCCCAGGCGGAUGAUGGGGCGCUGUGGUUCCGACCAGCGACGGCCGCGAGAACCACUGUUGAAGGUGUGGGGCUUGACAUGGUGCUGUGGGAGAGGAUGAGGUGGGAGGUGGAGAGGGGAGGCCGGUGGGUUGCGGCGACCGGCAAUGGCGACGAGGAGAGGAUCCAGCGGACAGAGAGGCGCGACGACGGCCUGGGCCACUGGAGCAAGUUUGGGUGCUAUUUGCUGGUUGAGAGGUUUGUGCUCAGGAGGAUGGAUGGCACCGUGGCACUCACCUGUGAGUUCAGGCACACAGACAAGAUUAAAGCCAAGUGGCUAUGA